AUGGAGGGUGGCCAGACCUCGUCGACCUCCGCCCCCGCUGGGAACUCCAGCGACUUCGUUCGCAAACUGUAUAAAAUGCUGGAGGAUCCCUCCUACGCGUCCAUUGUCCGCUGGGGAGAUGAAGGGGAUAGUUUCGUGGUCCUCGAGGUAAAUGCGCCCCCCCCCCCCCCCCUAAAUGUCUUCUCCUACCGGUAUCGGUCGCGAUCGAUCGAGACUAACUUCCAGCGUCCAUUCUACAACUUUGCCAGUUUCGUGCGCCAACUCAACAAGUACGACUUCCACAAGGUUCGCCAGAAUAACGAGGAAAAUGGCCAGUCGCCGUAUGGGCAAAACGCAUGGGAAUUCAAACACCCCGAGUUCCGCGCCAAUAGCAAGGAUUCGUUAGACAACAUUCGCAGAAAGGCUCCUGCUCCCCGCAAGCAGAACCAGCCCAACGAUGAAUCCGCACCCACCCAGCAGAUCGACCUCCUCAACCAACAGAUUGUCGCCCAGCAACAACAAAUCCAGCAUCUCUCGGAUCGCUAUGCACAGCUCACCGUGGAUCAUCAGCUCAUGUUGCAGGAGGUGAUGCGAGUGCAGAAGACAGUCUUGAACCAUGAGAAUGUGAUUCACCAGGUGAUGACUUACUUGCUCUCGGUGGAUGCGCGCCAGCGAAGGGACAGCAAGGCCCUCGCUUUCCAGGGCCAAGGCGGCGCCGCGAUGAGUCCGUCUCAGGUUGGCGGUGUGGACGACGAGCCAUCCUCGCCUCUCCAGCAGGCGUCGAAGCUGCUGAACGAUAUGAACUCCGAGAUGCAGUUCAACCUGGCGGCCAUGGAUCCAGCAGCUGCGGCUAGCGAUGCCCAGAAGGCGGGCGCGGUCCCAGUAGCUGCCCCCACCAUGGAUCCAGCAGCUCGCGGUAGCGUCGCUGUCGCUCGUCCAGUGACUACUGUACCACCCAACCCUGCAGCGAUGGUCUAUCCCAAGAUGGGCAGCGACCUGGAACAAGUGGUUUACCCUGUGGGUGCCACCAACGGUAUCGAUCCGAUGUAUAGCGAGCACGUUAAUAAUGUGCCGUACCCCAUGCCCCCCAAGCCAGAAGUUGACCCUGCCGAGGCUCGACGCUACCAAGACAAUGGUAACCGCAAGAAGACCACCCACGUCGAUCCCGGCUGGGUACGCAGUCCGCAAAUCUUGCUGGUCGAGGACGACGCGACUUGUCGACAGAUUGGUGGAAAAUUCUUAUAUUCGUUCAAUUGUGUGGUUGACACUGCGUUCGACGGUCUGGAGGCUGUAAACAAGAUGCAAGGCGGUUCAAAAUACGAUCUGAUUCUCAUGGAUAUUAUCAUGCCGAAUCUUGACGGUGUCUCUGCCUGUCAUCUCAUCCGCCAGUUCGACCGUACGCCUAUCAUUGCUAUGACCUCCAACAUCCGUAGUGAUGAUAUUCAGCUCUACUUCCAACACGGUAUGGACGACGUCCUACCGAAGCCUUUCACUCGCAAGAGUCUUCUCGGUAUGCUAGAGAAGCACUUGGUGCACCUCAAGACUAUGGCGCAGGGGAUCGAUACCGCCGCGCCCACCGCAGCAGCAGUGACGAUGGCAGCUCAAACGUCGGCCACGCAAUCAAUCAAAGAGGAUAAUAGCUCCCCUGGUCAAUCUCCGGCCGGGUCGAUGAAUAACUGGCAAUCCCCUGGUCAAUUCCAUGGCAUGGCGCCAGUGCCACAACCAAUGUCUGCGGUCCCUGGGCAAUUCGUGGCCGCCCCCGGCGCACCACCGGGCACCUAUACGGUGGACCAGAAUGGCGUGCAAUUCCCUGCACCUCCCACGAUAACUGUUCCCUCCAGUGGUGUCCCUCCUCGGCCACAACAUCGUCGGCAAAUGUCCGAGAUGGCAAGCGCUACAGAAAACCCGAACGUCAAACGACAGCGCAUGUACCCCCAACCUCAACCGAUGAUGGCCGUACAAGCUGGGCGACCUGGCUAA